AUGCCGUCUACCGGUAUAUUCAGUGUUCGUAUCCCCGUCCCGUGUAACUUAGCUGCUAAGUGCCAAAUUGAAGCUAUGGCCUUGGUUAAUAAGCUUGGUAAUCUGCUCAAGAAGGCCACUAGCUCGAAUCCGACUCUCUAUCAGGCAAUAAGAUGCAUGUCAUCAUCGAAGCUCUUCGUUGGAGGGCUUUCCUUUAACACAGACGAGGGCAGUCUGAGAGAUGCCUUUUCCCAUUAUGGAGAAAUUAUUGAUGCUAAGAUUAUCGUAGAUCGCGACACUGGAAGGUCUAGAGGUUUUGGCUUUAUAACUUAUGCAGCAGAAGAACAGGCUUCAUCUGCCAUCAUGGCCUUGGACGGAAAGGAUCUACAUGGACGCAACCUACGGGUUAGUGCUGCCACUGAGAGGACCGCUGGCUUCCGUAAUGGUGCUGGUUAUGGAGGUGGUGGUGGCGGCUUUGGAGGAGGAGGAUAUGGCGGUGGUGGCUAUGGAGGAGGUGGUUAUGGUGGCAACAGUGGUGGUGGCGGCGGCUUUGCUCCUGCUGGCGGCGACAACUUUGCUGCCGGCAACUUUGGUGGUGACCGUGGUUUCGGUGGAAACCCAGCUGGAAACCAUGGUGCUCCUGCAGGUUCCACCAGUGGUGAUGAGUUCUCCCUUGGCACCCCUGGUUCCAGCUUUGAAAGCGCCAAGAAUGACGAUGUCAUGGACGACCUCUUCAAGGAUGAUGAACCUGACAAGUACGCCAGCAAGAAUUUCUAG